AUUGGAUCGUUUCGUUUCUGGUAAAAGGGUCAAGUAAACGCGAUGAUCAGAUCAAUCCAGCUCGUUUUCCUCAUCUUCUGCGCUCUAGUUCGAGCUAAUCCGUUGGUGCACACUUCGGUCACGACCAAUAACAUCACGGAAUCGAAGACUCCGGACAGCUUCAUUGAAUUGCAGGUCCUCGAUAAGCCCCAUCACCUCUUCAUAGGCAAGUGCACGCCAGGUCUGAAGGAGCUGCACAAGGAGAACGUUAUCGUCAACAACGAUGGAAAAAGCCAUGUGACCGCCGAAAUUAAGUUCCAAGUUGAGGGUCCUGUUGAUAUCAGGUGUGUGAGGAUUAUGGACGAGGCACCUGCGAGUCAGGCAUAUCCUCAAUACUUGGACGGAGGUGUCGGGGAGAAUUUUGUAGUGAUCGCGGUGUCGACUGUUUACGGAAAAGGGUUCCACUUCUAUGUGGAGAUACUGGGACAUGACUUGAAGAAAGAAGACUAACUUGUAUUUGUUUGUCUCUAUUUGUUUAUAUUAUAUUACGUUCUUUUAAAAUGUA